AUGGAUAUUGGUGACCCAAACAAUAUAUGUGAACAUUGCAAUGCAAUCUACUGGUUUGAGGAGCGUGUUAAUAAGGCGGUGCGUAGCGGAACAACUAAAUAUUCAACGUGCUGUGGUCAUGGGAAGAUCAAAUUACCAAAAAUGGUUGCACCUCCAAAAAGGAUUUUCAACUUAUUCUUUGCAAGAGGCAAGAAACGGAAUGAAUUUCUAAAACACAUAAGAAGGUACAAUAACAUGUUUUCUUUUACAUCGUUAGGGGCUAAGGUUGAUAAAUCCAUCAACCUUGGGAAUUGCCCACCAAUAUUUAGGAUAAACGGGCAAAAUUAUCAUUUGAUGGGAGGACUAAUGCCCGAUGCUGGAAAGAGCCCGAAGUUUGCUCAGUUAUACAUCCAUGAUACAGAGAACGAGGUAGAGAACCGCAUCAAUGCAUUCAGUGGGGCUCACCUCAAUGACAAAACGCAUGUUGAUAUAGUUCAAGAUAUCAAGCAAGAUCUAGAUGAGCACAAUGUAUUGGUGCAAUCAUUUCGAUGGGCAAAAACUCAUAUUGAAAACAAUCCACAAGUAAAUUUUAGGAUGAGGCUGAUUGGUAAGCGUCAAAGUGAUGCCAGAACAUACAAUUUACCGACUGUUUCUGAGGUGGCUGCUUUAAUUGUUGGCGAUCUAGACCACACAUUAGGGCAACGGGAUAUAAUAGUGGAGACCAAGGCCGGUUCACUUAAGAGGAUAAACGAGCUCAACCCAGCAUACUUGCCAUUGCAAUAUCCGAUUUUAUUCCCCUUAGGCGAAGAUGGCUAUCGUGAAGACAUCCAGUACUGCACUACAUCUACCAAACCAACUACUGCUAGGGUCCGUGUUUCGCAGCGAGAAUACUUUGCAUACAAGAUACAUGACAGGUUCAGUGAACUGUCAACGAUGUUGUACGCUAAGCGACUAUUCCAACAGUUCUUGGUCGAUGCAUACACGAUGGUAGAGUCGGGCAGGCUACAGUACAUCCGCAAUAAUCAGAAGGCAUUGCGGUGUGAAGCAUACAAGGGGUUGUCUGAUGCUCUAACUAGGGGAGAGGUUGAUACAAACAAGCAAGGUAAGCGGAUCAUCUUACUUUCGACUUUCACUGGCGGUGCUCGAUAUAUGAUACAGAAUUAUCAAGAUGCGAUGGCCAUAUGCAGACAUAAGGGGUAUCCAAACUUAUUUCUAACAUUCACAUGCAAUCCAAAGUGGCCUGAGAUUCAAAGAUAUAUGGACAAAUGCAACCUCAACGUAGAUGAUAGACCAGACAUUGUAUCUAGGGUCUUCAAGAUUAAGUUAGAUGCUUUAGUGAAAGAGAUACGCAAUGGCAAGCUAUUUGGUAUUGUAACCGCAGUGGUUUAUACUAUCGAAUUCCAAAAACGUGGAUUACCACACGCUCACAUACUCAUCUUCCUCGAAAGAUUGUCCGAAGGAUUUUCAGCUAAUCACAUGGAUGAGCUCAUAUCGGCUGAAAUACCUAACAAGGAACUAGACAUUGACUAUUAUAAAGCUGUUGGGGAAUUUAUGAUACACGGGCCAUGUGGACACGAAAGGCCUAAAUCUCCAUGCAUGGUCAAUCAAAAGUGCUCUAAACAUUUUCCUAAAAAGUUUGUGGAGGUAUCCACAUUGGAUGAGGACGGUUACCCAAUCUACAGGCGUCGUGACAAUGGUGCAACAGUUGAAAAAAAUGGGGUGCAUUUGGAUAGCAGAUAUUGUGUUCCGCAUAAUAGAUACCUACUGUUGAAAUAUAAGGCACAUAUAAACGUAGAAUGGUGCAACCAAUCAAGAUCAAUCAAAUAUUUGUUCAAAUAUGUCAACAAAGGGAAUGACAGGGUCACUGCUGAAUUCUACAAGACCACAAAUGAUGAAAACGAGAAAGCAACUGUGGAUGAAAUUACAAUGUAUUACGACUGUCGAUACGUGUCUGCGUGCGAAGCAGCAUGGCGUUUGUUGAGCUUCGAUGUACAACUUAGGCACCCCCCUGUUGAGAGAUUAAGCUUCCAUUUGCCAGAUUGCCAAACCGUUGUGUUUGAGGAUGAUGAUAGGAUCGAAAAUGUUUUAAAUAGGCCGACUGUCAAUCAAAGUAUGUUCACAGCAUGGUUUGACGCUAACAAGAAAUAUGCGUCGGCUAAAGAGUUGCCUUAUAUUGACAUGCCAAACAAAUUUGUGUGGAAGAAAGAUAUUAGGGAAUGGCAUCCUAGGAAGAGGGGGUUCGCUAUUGGACGCAUAUUUUUUGUACCUCCAGGAAGUGGUGAAGUCUACUACUUGAGAUGUCUUUUAAACGUAGUUCGCGGUCCGACGAGUUUUGAAGACAUCAAGACAGUUCAAGGUGUUGUAUACCCAACCUUUAGAGAUGCAUGCUAUGCUAGAGGGCUGCUAGACGAUGAUAGAGAAUACAUUGAUGCAAUCAAUGAAGCAAGUAAUUGGUCAACUGCCCAAUCUAUGAGGAAAUUAUUUGUCAUUUUACUCACUGCAAACUUGGUGAAUCGACCUGAGAAUGUGUGGAAUCACGUUUGGCACCAUCUAUGUGAGGAUGUACAAUUUAACAGGAGAAAACUGUUGAAAGAUAUGGGGUUGUGUUUGUCUGAUGAUGAGAAGAAAAACUUAGGUCUUCUUGAACUAGAUCGUUUGUUGCAGAUGUACAACAAGUGUUUGAAAGAUUACCCGCAUAUGCCAAUUCCAAAUUAUGAUGAUGCAUUAUUGGCUAAUAAUCGAUUGCUGUUUGAUGAGCUCAACUACGACCGGUAG